CCCCCGGCUUUCCCCUCCGCCUCCUGAGUCCUUCCUUUCUCUCUCUGUUUCUCACGGUGAGUUCGACCCAAUUUCCUUGACUCAGGACUUCCCGCCACUCCAUUAUUAGCUUCCUCCAAAAUCUACUCUCUCUCUCUCUCUCUCCUACUGUAGUCUAACAAUAUAAUUGUAGGCAGAGAUUCUCACAAUCGCAGGCAGUAGGAGCUGAUUAAUGAAACAAAUCAAGAUUCCUAGAAAUGGGUGCUAAGAAACGUCGCCAACCCCUCAGAAUACCCCUCUCCGACUCUACCAACCUCACCAUCCCAUCUACCACUCUCACUCUCUCAACCCCUUUCCCCCUUUCCCGUCAUGCCAAUGUUUUCCACGCUUUCAACAACGACGACCCUACCUCCUUUUCUUCUCCUCCGCCACAGUCGCUCAAUGCUUUCUCAGUUCACGGUAUUGGUACUUGUGAGAUAACCGAGACUUGUUCAGUUUAUGGUCGACGAAAGACUACAGAUAAACAAAACAGUAAAGCGAGAUCAAUUGCUGCACCUUCGAGUUGCCCUCCUGCAGUAAAGACCCAGCAGACUAUCCGGAAAAGAAUAAACAAAGAUAGAGACAAAAGUCAAUCAGAAGCAAGUAUCGCACCUCCUAAAAAGAAGCAGUGUCGUGUAGAUGUUUCAAACCAUGACUUGCCCCAAGACUUCAUCGAGCAGCAGAGGCAAUACUUUGCAGAGAUUGAUGCCUAUAAACUGGAAGAGGAAGAGGUUGAAUCAGGUGAACAGUUAGAGUAGAUGGAAGAGGAUCAUAUUCUGUGGACUUCAAUCUCAACACUAUUUGCUGUCUUUGCAAUUAAUUGCUUCAUGGUCUCAUGCUGUUGUUUGGCUCUGAUGAGUAAUUAGGAAAACAGUCACAAGAGGUGUAUGUAAGGCUUCUGCUUUGAUGGAAUACAAUGUAGUUCAAGUAUAGUUUGGAAAUUCUCUGCCUCGGGUACUUGUAAGCUAUUGAUACUCUCACAUAUCCGUGUUUUUUUUCAUCCAUUCAGUUGAUGGCCCCUAUAAUUCUCUAGGGGUCCAAAACAUGUUUAUAUGAUAGAAGAAUGUAGAGUGAUGCUUGAGUUGAUUUUCCAUCAAUUAUAUGGAACUACUUUUAUGCAGCAGUCUCUAUAAUUC